UGCUCCCUGUGAACUUUCUUGCUCUCUCAUCCUUCCCCCCCCCCCCCACCUCUCUCUCUCUGUGUCUGAAAUCGUUGAACUUUCUCAGCUCCUUUUGUUCCCUUUGUCCAGAUAGUCGUGUCUCUUCUUCUCAAGUCACCUAAAUCCCGCUUUCCAUCACAAGACCCACAUCCUACUCCUCUACUUCCUCUCAUUUCAUCGCUUAAAUCCCCUUUUCAUCGUCUUCUCGUUGUCUUCAAAUUCCUAUAAUUAUUAUGAGGAGGCAUAAAAGGGUGCCUCUUCCUGCCUGGCUUGCUCUUGUUGUCUAGGUGUCUUCUGUGCUUUCCCUUCAUCUUCUGCUGUGUCCUUAGGGAGAUAAACAGACAUGGCUGGUGGCAAUGAACUCAACCUCAAUGAAUCCAAGGCCACGGUUUCUUGUUCCGGUAAGUUGGAAAACUCGAGUUUCAUUUGGUGCGACAAGCUGAAAGUUCUGAUCUUUCUUUUGGUGAUUUGUAUUGUUCCACUCAACACCUGGGUUCUCAUCUCCAAUUUCAAGCUGGCCUACAAUCUUCUUCGUCGCGCAGAUGGAACAUUGAACCGCGAGCUUGCCGAGUUCCUUGAUCGGAAGGUCCCUGCCAACACAAUUCCAGUCGACGGAGUAUUCUCUUUUGAUCACGUCGAUCGAAACACUGGCCUGUUCAAUCGAGUUUAUCAACCAGCUCCUGAUAACGAGGCUAAGUGGGGCUACAUAGAGCUCGAAAAGCCCUUGAGUACCACCAAGGUUGUCCCUGUCAUCAUUUUCUUCCAUGGCGGAAGCUUCUCUCAUUCCUCCGCGAAUAGCGCCAUUUACGACACUUUCUGCCGCCGCCUGGUCAACAUUUGCAAGGCCGUUGUAGUCUCCGUGAACUACCGUCGUUCGCCGGAACACCGGUACCCCUGCGCCUACGAAGAUGGCUGGGCUGCACUAAAAUGGGUGAAAUCAAGAACAUGGCUUCAAAGCGGAACAGAUCCCAAGGUUCAUGUGUACCUAGCCGGGGAUAGUUCUGGAGGCAACAUUGUUCAUCAUGUGGCGGAGAGGGCAGCCGAGGAGGAUGUUGAGAUUCUGGGUAACAUUCUUCUUCAUCCAUUGUUUGGCGGAGAGAAGAGGACGGAGUCAGAGAAGAGACUGGAUGGGAGGUACUUCGUGAGAUUGCAAGACCGUGAUUGGUAUUGGAGGGCUUUUCUUCCUGAAGGUGAAGAUAGAGACCACCCUGCGUGUAACCCUUUUGGCCCCAGAGGAAAAAGUCUCAGGGGACUCGAGUUCCCUAAAAGUCUUGUUUGUGUGGCUGGUUUGGACCUUCUCCAAGAUUGGCAAUUCGCAUAUGUAGAAGGUCUCAAGGAUUCGGGUCAAGAUGUCAGACUCCUUUUCCUGAAAGAAGCUACGAUCGGUUUCUACUUCCUGCCAAAUAAUGAUCAUUUCUAUUGCCUCAUGGAGGAGAUAAACAAGUUCGUCAAUUCAGACGGUUAAUAAACCACCACUUAACCUUACCUGCUACAACAAGGCCAUACAUAACAAAAGCGCCACACUUCACAUGGGUUCUAUUUUUGUAUCAUCUUUUUCUCUUUGCUACUUUAUAAAUAUGGUGUGUAGUUACUAGUUAUAAAAAUUGCUAUAGUAAACAUCCAUGGCGGUCAAUUUGAGAGUUCUGAAACUCCGGGACUCUUGUCUGUUAUCUGCCCAUGUCUCUCUGAAGGGUAGUUUCAGCAGUUUGAAGUAGAAAGCUCUGUUCAGUCAGGUGGGGGGUUCAUCAAGCUUGCCCUGCUCAUCCUUAGUGACCAUAAUCACUGAAGGAAGAUAGAGGAUGAAGCUUGGUAGUCGGUCACUUUGGGUUAAGGAAACGGGGUUCCUAUCGUAGCACUAAUUUCUUAAUGUAAAGUGGAGCAAAUCCCAUAUUAUUAUUAUUAUUAUUAUCAUUAUGGACUUGUAUCUUA